AUGGAGGACGUCGUAAUUGUGUCUGGCACGCGCGCGCUGCCAUUUCAUCCAGCUCCCCAACUUGCCGUGACCCCACAGAGGAGGCUGCGGUUUUAUGAUCACCGCGCAGGAGGCCGUUUGGAACCGCGUCCACCUGCUGGCGUUGAAUACGCCGUCUGCAGGCGUCGAAAGCCCCUAGUUCCUCAUUUCAGACUAUUCACUAGACUGCACUUCGCUGAAGUAUUCACCGCGCAUGGGAGACAGAUAGCCGCAAGACAGGCAGGCCCCGCCCCUCUUCCACUUAAACCCUCUCUCCAUAGACAGUCGCUAUGUGACAACCAGCGCGUUGCCAGGGCCCUGUUCUCCCACCCACCCCGCUUCCUCCCCCGUUGC